UCGAAUGUUUUUUGAGAAACAAGGCUUUCGAUCGUUUCCUUUUCGCCUGGAGAGCUUCAGUCCACAUUGAGGAUUUUAGAAGUCGCCAUAUGCUGCGCCAUUCUUCGAUCAAAGAGGCGAUCAAAGCACUGGCUCUAAUCGUUUCCAUGCCCUAAAUAUUCCCAGUUCUUAGGGUUUAUCGAGGCGAUGGGAUCGCCCGCCUUGUUCCUGCUGCUCGUCAUCGCGGCGAUCGGAGCUUGCGAUGGCUAUUUUUUAGGAGAAUACGUGCCGCUGGCGCGCAGGGGACAGUACCACAACAUGCGAACGCCCUGGCACGAUUACUUGGGGCGCCAUUGCCCUCGAUUUGGGAUCAACAGAGAGGUUGUUGUCCCAAUUCCAAAGCCUGUUGGCUACAGCGGCGCCGACCCCUACAAAAUAUCUUUGCAAUUUGGACACGAGAGGAUUACCACCCCAUGGCUGUUUAUCGUGGGCCGACAGUCCAGCAAAAUGCCUAUGAUUGACGUGACUCUGAGAUACACAGGUGGCGAUUUGGAAGGCGUUUCUGCCAAAGUCGUCGAGAUGCCUGAGGAUUAUGUCGCCGAGCACGAAGGGACGUUCAAAGAGUUUUGGGAUCCUUCGCAGUGGCCAAAACACGUACUAGUUCGAUAUAAUUGGGAAGAGAAGUCAGAGAUUGACGUUGCAACAGGUUUCUACAUAUUGUUUGGAUCUGCUUUUCUAUUAACCUUGGUUAUGUCCAUUUAUAUUCUGCAAUCGUCCAAGGAUAAGCUAUCCAGGUUUGUCAGAGAAAACGUGAUUGACACGGGUAUAACAAUGGAAGAACUCCAAAAAGCGGAAUGAAAAAAUUAUACAGGCCUCGAUUUUUUUC